UUUCAGUAAAUAAAAUAUGAUUGAGUCAGUUAAUCGUGCGCCAACGAUGCGACGCGAGGCAAUUUAAUAUAUAAAAUAGUAUGGUACAUCAAUUAAAUCCUCAGUUAACGCUGUUGUUACUGAGAAUAAGCAAUAGAAAAAUAAUAUUCAGUCAAAGAUUUUUUUCACAUUCGUAGAAAAUGACAUUUACCGUGAAGCAAUAUUUUCCAAGCAAUCGUCAGGAAAAUAAUUAACUUUCUUUCUAAUUAAUCAUUUUUUUUGUGUGGUGUUUUUAUUGACAAAUUUGUAAUAAUAUAGUGAAUUAAUUCGAGUGAUAAUGACCAGUCAAUCUCCACAACUGCCGAAACAUCGUUUUGGUCUAUGGCCGCAAUGGCUGGCAGCUUUAGAACUGCUUCUGAUGUCAAUGAUGGUGGGCUUGAUAUCAGGCUGGACUUCACCGUAUUUAGCAAAGCUGGAUUCAAUAGAGAAUCCGGACUCAGAGCUUCCGAUAAAUAAAGUUGAAGCGUCCUGGAUAGCAUCGCUGAUCAAUCUUUCUCGACCAGGUGGUGCAGUUUUAGGAGCAAUAUUUGUUUAUGUUAUUGGUAGUAAACUGACGACGCUACUUUCCGGAAUUCCCUUUGCGCUGGGCUGGGCAUCCUUUCUAAUUAUGAAUUCAGUGACAUUAGUGUAUGUAUCACGAACCCUCUGUGGUAUCGGGCUGGGAAUGUACUACAGCUCAUUCCCACUUUACGUUGGAGAAAUCUCACAUCCGAGAAUUCGAGGCGCCCUGGUGGCUUUGAUCAUGCAGGGACUUAUGCUCGGAAAUUUGUGUGGGACAAUAAUGGGGAAAUAUCUGGACAUGUGGCUUUUCGCUUCUGUCAGUCUCAUACCGAAUUUGAUAUUUUUGGGUUCAUUCAGCCUGAUGCCGCAGACGCCACACUAUUUAGUGCGCUCAAACAAGAUGGAAGAGGCUGCUAAAUCAAUUAGGUUCUACAAUCGAAAUGCUGACGUCACUAAUGAACUUGAUGCUCUUAAGCAAUUUAUGGAGACAAAUAAGGCGUUGACGUUAAGAGACACAUGGCAUGCACUCAAUACUCCGUUAAAUCGCAAGACCUUAUUAAUGGUUAAUAUAAUAUUCGCGUUCGUACAAUUAAGCGGCCUUUACACCAUUUCUGCGUACAUGGAAAUAAUGUUGACAAAAGCUAAUGUAGAUAUAAUAACACCCUCGACCUUAGUAAUAAGCGUUAGUAUCAUAAGUAUCGCUUCUAGUUGGAUAGCAACCUAUACUAAUGACAAAUGCGGAAGGAAAAUAAUGCUCCUGCUGUCAAGUAUCGGUGUCGCCUCAGGUAUGUUCUUAUGGGGUUUGAAUUACCAAUUGAUAGAUUUGGGUUAUGAAAAUCCGAAUCUUCAAUGGAUGUCAAUAAUCGCAGCUAUCGUUUAUCAAUUUAGCCUUGCAAUUGGUUUGAUGCCGGUACCUACUACGUUUAUAAGUGAAAUGUUUGCACCUAGUGUUAAAGGUAUAGGUGCUUGUAUAAGCAGCGGAAUUUCAGGUGUAUUUGCAUUCGCCGCGAGUAGAAGUUAUCAACCUAUGGUAGAUGUUCUCUCGGAGAAAUACGUAUUUUGGAUUUAUGGUUUACUUAUGAUUACUACCGGAAUUUAUACUAUGAUAUUUAUUCCGGAGACAAAAGGUAAAUCGCUCGCGGAGAUACAGGAAAUUCUAUCUCAUGGUAUUAAAUCUAAAUCUAAUAAUCAUGAUAACAAGCGUAAAGUGUAUGAUGAAAAUUUUAGAAUUACUGAAAAAGUAUGAUAACUGUGUGAUAUAGAUGAAAUUACUUUUUUUAUACAAAUUUUUUUUGGUAUUUUGUAUUAGCUUAUAUUUUUGAUAUACACUACUCACAAAAAU